AUGAAGUGGCUCUGUGCUACUCUGCCAUUAAUAGUGUCGCUGUCAUCCAUUUUGGCAAUCUAUAAUCCCUAUAAGCGAGAUUUGGACUUACUUAUCCAAGAGCCCUUCUCAGGACCCUACACAAAAAACGAAGUGGCCUCGGUUGAGGAACUUUGGUUGGACCAAAAGGUUGAUCACUUCGAUGAGAACAAUAAUGGAACUUGGAAAAUGCGAUAUUAUCAGAACGCAAAGUACCACAAUCCCCAUGGACCCAUUUACAUUUUUGUGGGCGGCGAGUGGACCAUCAGUCCAGGAUUAAUGAGCACAGGCUUGACCCACGAUAUGGCUGUGGAAAACGCCGGAAUGCUUUUCUACACAGAACAUCGCUACUAUGGCCUGAGUUUGCCUCAUGGAAAUAAAAGUCUGAAAGUGGCUCAGCUUAAGCAACUCAAUCUACAGCAAUCCUUGGCUGAUUUGGCAUUCUUUAUACGCCAUCAAAAGUCGGUAAAUUCGGAACUACAAGACUCCAAAGUGAUUUUGGUCGGCGGCUCUUAUUCUGGAAGCAUGGUGACCUGGAUGACCCAAAAGUAUCCGGAUUUAAUAGCUGCUAGUUGGGCUUCAAGUGCUCCCCUCCUGGCCAAAGCGGAUUUUUAUGAAUACAUGGAUGCGGUGGGCAGCUCCGUGCAGCUUAGCUAUGGUCAGAAUUGUUCCCACCGAAUUACGAGGGGCUUUGAAUAUUUGGUAAAAUUGUUUAAUGAAAACAAAAUUCAAACUUUGCUGAGUAAAUUCAAUGGCUGUAAGGAUUAUGAUCCUGAAAACCCACUGAACAGGGCAGCUUUUUUUAACGGCUUGGGAAAUUAUUUUGCCUUGAUAGUGCAAAGUUAUAGAGCUUAUAUUCCCCGUUUGUGCGAGAGUCUAAUGUCGUUGGACUCCAGUGACGAGGUGGCCUUUCUGAAGUUUUUGGAGCUAUUAUAUUCCGAGGGUAGGCGAUCCACAGCGUGCCAGGAUUUUGGCUACUCCGCAAUGCUCCAAUUGUUUAGCGAAGAGGAAGAUCAUGGCUCUGGCACUCGAGCCUGGUUCUAUCAAACUUGCAAUGAAUUUGGCUGGUAUACAACCACCCAAUCCAAAUCAUCACUAUCGGCCGCGUUUGCCAAUCAGGUACCCCUGUCCUACUUCGAAAAACUUUGCCAGGAUGUGUUCGGACCAGAACAGACUCCGCAGAAGUUGGCCCGGGGUAUUCGGCAAACGAAUUUGGAAUUUGGUGGGUUCGGUUUCAAUCAUAGCGAGCGUUAUGCACAAGUAAUCUUCACGCAUGGCCAGCUGGAUCCGUGGCGUGCUCUGGGCCAGCAAACAGGCGGCCAGGCCGUCGUCCUGACGGGCUACUCUCAUGUUGAGGAUUUGGCCAGCAUCCGGAUAACGGACAGCGUUCAGAUGAAUCUUGCGAAGUUGCGUGUGAUGUCCUUUUUGCGACGUCAUGUAUGA